GAAGCCGCACGUUAUGGCCGGCGGGGUGGUGCGCGGGGCCUAUUUUCCCUUCCUAUCAGCUCCCGGGAGGAAGAUACUGACCUGCGGGUGUGGCGGAGCGGCAGACACGCUGCUGACACCCUCCCGUGCGUCCUCCUGGAGUGUUGACAGCCGCGGCGGAGGAGGAAGGAGGGAAGGGGGAGCGGCCAGGCCAAGCUCACGGUCUUACUUCUCCUCUUCCUUUUUUCGUCCUUCUCCAUUGUCUACCUUGACCCCGCGGCAUUGUGGCGUGUGGGACAUAUUCCGAAGCAGGGUCAACUUUGGGAGCUAUUCCUUGCUGGACAAUGUGGGGGAGGUGUCUGCUGCCCAGCUCGUCCCUGAACACAUCCCACGGCCGCCCUAUGCCGAGACAGGCCAGCCGCCGCCGCCACCCGCCAGUGCUGAACUCCACAGCAAGGAGGGUAUUGAGGCCAUGAGGGCUGCGUGUAGUCUUGCUGUUAAGGCGCAGAACACUGUGAGGAAGAAUAUUAAGGCUGGUAUGACCACGGCAGAGAUCGAUGAGCUGGUGCACCGAGUGGCAGUGGAGGGCGGCGCGUACCCUUCGCCACUCAACUACCUCGGCUUCCCCAAGAGUGUGUGCACCAGCGUCAACAACGUCGCCUGCCAUGGCAUCCCCGAUGACCGGCCGCUGGUUGACGGGGACAUUAUCUCGGUGGAUGUGACGGUAUACUUAGGGGGUGUACAUGGGGACUGCUGCGAGACAUAUUUAAUCGGGGACGUUGACGAGCCUGGGCAACAUUUGGUGAGGGCCGCCAAGAGGUGUCGCGACGAGGCCAUAUCUCUCUGUGCUCCUGGAAUCCCAUUUGCUGUCAUUGGUAACCGCGUGGAGCAGGUAGCCAACAAGGAAGGGGUGACGGUGGUUCCCUGCUUCAUCGGGCAUGGCAUCGGCAGCUAUUUCCACGGCCCGCCGGACAUAUACCACUGUUACAACUUCUUCCCCGGGGAGAUGCAGCCGGGCAUGACCUUCACCAUCGAGCCAGUGAUCGCGCAGGGCAAGGAGGAAGUGCUGAUCCUGGAAGACGGCUGGACGGCAGUCAUGACGGACAACGGGAGGGCUGCACAGUUUGAGCACACCAUCCUGAUCACCGAGACGGGCUACGAGAUACUGACGGAGAGUAUUCGGGGGUAUAAUUAAUAGGGUUGUGAGGGGGCAGAUACAGGUGGAGUGAAUUCAGAAGGGAGUGUAUUGGUAUGAAGUCUGCCCAAGUCGUGUGAGUCAGCUGAUGAAGGUAUUGAUGUUUGCAUAAAUUACCGGAAGAAUCAAUUGCCAAGUUAGAAGGAAAGGACAAGUAGAAUGCCUCUUGAGUGAGCUGAAGAAUAUAUUGAUGUUUAGAUUACCCACUGAAAGAAUUGAUGGCAGAACUAUUAGGAAAGGAGUCCCAUAAAUGAGAGUGUUCUAAUGAAGGGAUGAGGAGGGUGGUGCUCUAUCAUCAUCCUCAUUAGCUGUGUGAAGGUGUGAAGUAAGUGAUCCAGCCAUGCAUUAAUUCAACAAAGGAAAAUACACAAUGAAAAGAAGUGUUCCAUCAUGUAAAGUAUAAUUAUAAUCUGUCAAGUAAUUAAUGCUUUGAUUAUUGGUCUGUUAUUUAAUUAGUUAUAUACAUAAUAAUGUUUCUGUGUAUAUUUAUAAUUGCAUAUGAUGAUGUACAUAAUUGUUAUUGCAUACUGAUAUUUUGUCACAAGGCAAAAUGAAUGAACUUUUAAAGAAAUGAAGAUGGUUGAGUA